AUGUCAACUCAGCGCAAUACAGGUACAGAGAGUGCCGUGGAAGCUCUGAGAUCCGUUCUUUCGUCUGGGGGUGUUACAGUGAAUGGUCAAGUGGUCCAAGAUGAAGAAGGUUUGUACUAUGCAAUUGACAGCGACGGUCGGGGCAUGUUGGAGCGAGAGCAAAUACUCACCAGCUUGAUGCAACUCGGAUUGGGACUCGAUGACGAGCUGACCCAGUUUGUCUCAUCAAUGGAGGUGAAUGCGGACCAGUGUGUUGAAGUUGCUGCCUUCGUGCGAGCCAUGAAUCCUGCGACACGAAGAGCAGCGAGCCUGCUGUUCCAGCACCCGCGCAAGGACGAGCUACGUGCCGUGGUGGUGGCUGUAAACGACAAGCUCAAGCAAGGGAUCACAAUCUCGGGCUCCAAGGUCAGGGACGUUAACGGCUUCUUCAAAGCGCUGGAUACGGACAGCACCCGCUCUCUCACGAAGGCAGAGAUCUCCAAGGGUUUCAAGAGAUUGAAGAUCUCGAUUUCCGAGAAGUUGCUAGAGGAUUUGGUGAAUGCUGGCGACGUGGACCGAAGCAGGAGAAUAGAAAUGAAAGAAUUCGUACGGUUGUUGGAUCCAGCUUCAUGGACAGACCCGGAUGGAGGUGCGGAGGAAGAGCGUGCGCAAAGUGAAAAGGUCCUUAAAGAAGUUACCGGGAAGAUCAAAUUCACGUUAAAAGCUGGAGGACGCACACUGUACGGUAAAAGGGUCACGGAUGCUCGGACAUUCUACGAGGCGGUGGACAGAGACGGUAGUGGUGCCCUCGAGAAGGACGAGCUGUUCCAGGGAUUGCAACGUCUCGGCGUGACAGUUCCGGAGUAUCAGAUCGUGGUGCUCAUCAAUGCGCUGGAUGGCAACAAGAGCGGCCUGAUCGAGCUGCCUGAGCUGGUCCUGCUGUUCGAACCCACUGCCGACCCUGAGCAGCUCAAGGAAGAGGAGGCCCAGCGCCUGUCCCGCUUACAAGCAGAGCGGCAAGCUUCACUUCCCAGUGAGGACGAAAUCCAAGCACAGAUUGCCGAUGUUGUCGCCCAGAUCACGGUGCAGAUGCACACAGAGCAAACAUUGUUUGGACAGACCAUUCAGGAUGCGAAAAGCUUCUUCAAUGCGCUCGAUCAUGAUCGGACAGGAGCGUUGGACAGGGGCGAGCUAAAGCAAGGCCUGAAACGUCUUGGAAUAGCGAUGCCAAGCUAUCUGUUGGAUGCCCUGCUGGUUAAAAUGGACACUAAUCAAAACGGACUAAUCGAGAUGAAGGAGGUGCAGCGCACGUUCCGUCCCGAGCCUCUUGACGAGAGCAAGGUGAAGGAGCUCCGCCGUCGGUCCAUCGAGCUGGGUCUCACACUGCGGGAAGCCAAUGCCGUGUCCCCUGAAGAGUUGCAAGAGCUUCUGGAAGGUGAGGACAUAGCAUCUCCGGCUUCAGCAGAUGCCAUCGCGGCGCAGUUGAAGCGAGAACUCCUGGAGAAAGAGCGGCUCCUGGAGGAGGCCCGCAAGGAAAUCGAGCGGGAGAAGGCCCAGCGUGCCGCAGAGGCAGCAGAACGCCAAGCAGCCAAAGUGGUCGAAGAAGCCAAGGCAAAAGAUGCCAUGGCAGAAGAGCGCAAGGCUGAGGAUUUGGAGCGGGCGGCCAUGUGGAGGGAGGAGCAGGCGCUGCUGCGGGAGAAGCGGCUGCAGGAGCGCCGCUAA